UUAUAAAUUAAAAAUAAGCUCUUCGUAAACUAUUUACUUCUUAGUAAAUCAACAAAGUUUUACUCAAGCCACUCAAGCCUCUAUUAUGAGAAUUUUUUAUUGGUAUUAAACCAAGAAACUUGAAAUCAUUUUUAAAACAAUAAUAUUAUUUUAAACAACACAGCUGAACCAUGAAUGAAAAUAUUGAUUUUCUAAAGAACCAACUUUCUGUGACACGAACUGAAAUAAAAAAUUUGAGAUCAUCACUUUCUGCACUCAAACAUGAACAUUUAAAAGAAAUAAAACACAUUAAAGAUUUUUUAAAUGAACUGAAAUGUUCUAAUUGUGCAGCUAUUGCUACAACAGUUUGCAACAAUCGCACCAACCAGGGAAACAUAAUACAGGCAAAUGACCCCAACACAAUAUCAUAUCAGCCCAUAGGUUACAUAGAAUCCUCCUUCAUCAAUAAGAGAGCUGUUCCUCGCCAACCUACUAUUCUCUCUGAAUCCAAAGGCGCUGUCGUUAUAGAUUUCAGAGUCUUCAAUAACCCUGAACACGCACUUUGUGGAUUAGAGGAAUUUUCUCAUAUGUGGAUAAUUUUCCACUUUCACAAAACAGAAAAUACACAUGUACCGGCCAAAGUUGCACCCCCUCGGUUAGAUGGGGAGAGGAGGGGAGUGUUCUCAACUAGAUCACCUCACAGGCCCUGCCCCAUUGGUCUAUCUCUCGUCAAGAUUCAUAGUAUAGAAGGUAACAAAAUAAUUUUCAAUGGUGUAGAUAUGGUCAAUGGCACACCAGUUCUUGAUAUCAAGCCCUUUAUACCACAGUAUGAUUAUCCUAUGUCAGCAUUUGGAGAGCCGUCCAUGUUGUCACUAAAUAGACCUCCUACAGAGGGAGUCAGCGAUGUUACUGCAGCUGCUAAUUUACAAAUAAAUAAUAAUGACAGUCAAGAACAACAUGCUUCAGCAAACGCGAUAAGAAUAGAUACUGGGAAUUUAUCAGAUUCCCCAUUCGAAGAUGAUGCUUUGUCACCUGGAAAUGAUGACAUACCAUCUCCAGAAUCGCCAUCUAGUGUGGAACUGCCUGAUGGUCCAAAUACAUAUCCUGUUCAGCUGGUGGAAUCGGAACGUGGUGCACCAGAUGGCCAGGAAAGAUUUACCCCACCGCAGACUGGAUACAAUGUUAACUCAAGCCCUGAAAUAAACAUAGCAUCUUGGAUAUCUAACCCACCUUCGCAAAGAUUUCAAGUGACUUUUACUGACGAGGCUUUUGAGAGAUUAAAUGGUCUCAUCGGUGAAAGAGCCAAUACAUUUAAAACUAAUAUUGAAAAUCUUCUAUCGGAAGACCCAAGAUCUCAUUAUGUUAGAAGCAGAUACCCAGAUCACGAGUACAGUUGCGUCCUAGAAGAUAUUUGUGUCAACUGUGUUUUUAAUGCUCCUUCCUCAGUCUGUACAAUUGUAGCUGUAAGAAGUGCCGAGGACUUGCAAAAUUAAACAGAAGGUUUA